AUGACCUAUCCCCAGGCAAAGGUGUUAACACCCAGUAGGAAGGAUGUUCUUGUCUUGGCUCCUUGGCUGGCUCCCAUCAUCUGGGAGGGGACCUUCAACAUCGAUAUUCUCAAUGAGCAGUUCAGGCUUCAGAACACCACGAUUGGACUGACCGUGUUUGCCAUCAAAAAGUAUGUGGUGUUCCUGAAGCUGUUUCUGGAGACGGCAGAGCAGCACUUCAUGGUGGGAUACAAUGUCACCUACUACGUCUUCACUGACCAGCCAGCUGAUGUGCCACAGGUGCUCCUGGGGACAGGACGCAGGCUGGUGGUGCUACCUGUGCACAACUACACUCUCUGGCAGGAUGUGUCCAUGCACCGGAUGGAGAUGAUCAGCCACUUCUCAGAGAGGCGCUUUCUUCAUGAGGUGGACUACCUGGUGUGCGCAGAUGUAGACAUGAAGUUCCGUGACCACGUGGGUGUGGAGAUUCUCUCAGCACUCUUUGGCACCCUGCAUCCUGGCUUCUAUGGUAGUAGCCGAAAGGCCUUUACCUAUGAGCGACGGCCAAAAUCACAAGCCUACAUCCCUUGGGAUGAGGGUGACUUCUAUUAUAUGGGGGCCUUCUUUGGGGGGUCAGUGGUGGAGGUGUACCAUCUCACCAAGGCCUGCCAUGAGGCUAUGGUGGAGGACCAGGCCAAUGGCAUUGAGGCCGUGUGGCACGAUGAGAGCCAUCUGAACAAGUACCUGCUCUACCAUAAGCCUACAAAGGUGCUGUCCCCAGAGUACAUGUGGGACCAGCAGCUGCUGGGAUGGCCAUCCAUCAUGAGGAAGCUGAGAUAUGUGGCCGUGCCCAAGAACCAUCAGGCAAUCAGGAACUGAUAGCUGAAUCCCUAUUGGAGAAGCCAGGCCUAAAUACCCAGAGGAACUUCAGGCUGUGUUGGAGCAGGAAGGACUUGAGAGACAUUGCUAACUGUCACCGUCUACCCUACCUCAUAGUCCAGCAGGCACAGAACCACUUGGCUUACC